AUGAAACCGGAUGAACAGGAGAUCAGAAGAGGUAGGAGUCAGAGAUACUUUCGCGCACUGUCUGGGCAGACUUGGAGAUUCAGCGAGGAAAUCAAAAAGAAGACUCUUGGACCCAGGGCAACAGUUCAACAGGAAGAGACAUCAACAAGGAGUCGUUCAUGUAGGACGAGGAGAGGUCAAGAAAAGGCAGCAAACCCGGAACUGGCCAACAAUUCGCCCAGGGGGUUCAGUCGUGAGACGUAG